GUCAAAGGUUGUACAGCGAUUGCUAACGCUGACGUCGACUUCUGCAGCAAAAUGGCGGCGUCGACAGCAGCGAGGGAGGCUAACAGAUUCAGUUCUUUAAAAUCGCAUGAAAAACGUACCGGAAUGAGACCAGCACGGGGGAUUAGACUUUUAAACACAAAUGUUCUCUUUUUCCUGUCGUUAGCCUCCAUGUUGCACUGUGUUUUAGCUGACGGCAAAACGCUGGUGCUGCUGGACAACCUCAACAUCAAAGACACCCAUUCAAUCUUCUUCCGCAGUCUGGCAGACCGAGGCUUUGACCUCGCAUUCAAGACAGCGGACGAUCCAUCCCUGUCUUUGAUCAAAUAUGGACAGUUCUUGUAUGACCAUUUGAUCAUCUUCUCACCAUCUGUCGAAGACUUUGGUGGAAAUAUAAACGUGGAGACUAUAACGUCCUUCAUUGAUGGUGGAGGCAAUGUCCUGGUUGCUGCUAGUUCCGACAUAGGCGGCCCUCUGAGGGAGUUGGGCAGUGAAUGUGGCAUCGAGUUUGAUGAGGAGAAGACUGCUGUUAUUGACCAUCAUCACUAUGAUGUGUCUGAUCCUGGAGAGCACACUCUGAUUGUUGCUGACCCAGAGAACCUGCUGAAGGCUCCUACUAUUGUUGGCAAACCCACCAAACAACCUGUUCUAUUCAAGGGUGUUGGAAUGGUUGCUGACCCAGACAACCCGCUUGUCUUGGACAUCCUUACUGGCUCUUCAACUUCCUACUCGUCUUUCCCAGACAGACCCAUCUCUCAGUACCCCCAUGCUGUGGGUAAGAAUACGCUUCUGAUUGCUGGGCUCCAGGCCAGAAACAACGCCAGAGUGGUUUUCAGCGGCUCCCUGGACUUCUUCAGCGAUGCCUUUUUCAACUCCGCUGUGCAGAAGGCCAGACCAGGUUCACAGAGGCAUGAGCAGACGGGGAACAUGGACCUGGCUGUGGCUCUGUCUCGCUGGGUGUUCAAGGAGGCAGGAGUUCUCAGAGUGGGAGCCGUUACCCAUCAUCCCGUGGGAGAAACCAGUCCUCCGGCAGCAUACACCGUUACUGAUCUCGUUGAGUACGGCAUCGUCAUUGAAAUGUUGUCCGAGGGCCGCUGGGUCCCUUUUGACGGAGAUGACAUCCAGCUGGAGUUUGUGAGAAUCGAUCCCUUCGUCAGGACUUAUCUAAAGAAAAAUGGAGGUAAAUACAGCAUCCAGUUCAAGCUGCCUGAUGUGUAUGGAGUCUUCCAGUUUAAAGUGGACUACAACAGACUGGGAUACACACAUCUUUACUCCUCCACUCAGGUAUCGGUGCGUCCCCUGCAGCACACGCAGUAUGAACGCUUCAUCCCCUCAGCCUUCCCGUACUACGCCAGCGCCUUCUCCAUGAUGGCAGGACUCUUCGUCUUCAGCGUAGUCUUCCUGCACAUGAAAGAGAAGGAAAAGUCGGAUUAAUGCAGAAAUAUGAACAGUGUGGGGGGAAAACAAAUGUGGAAUUGAACUUGUGUUAAUUAAAACUGAAUGUCUUGGUGGCUUGA